AUGUCUUUACAAAAUUCUAAUUCAAAUAAAGCCACAGAUGAAGAACUAAUCACUGAAGUCCAAUAUGAUUCCUCUUAUGAUCCAUAUGAUCCUCAUUCAGGAGUUAAAAGAGCUCUUAAAACUAGACAUCUCUCAAUGAUGGCUUUAGCAGGUAUUAUUGGUCCUGGUCUUUUGGUUGGUGCUGGAGGUGCUCUAGCAAGUGGUGGUCCUUUAGCUCUUCUUAUUGGGUUUGCAGUCAUUGGUAUCCUUGCAUUUAGUGUCACACAAUCCCUUGGUGAACUUACUACACUUUAUCCUACUGGUGGUGCUUUUAUGACACUUGCUGAACGAUUUGGUGACAAGUCUUUAAGUUUUGUAGUUGGAUGGUAUUAUUUUAUUAUUUGGAUCAGUGUUCUUGCUAAUGAAUAUAAUAUGAUUUCUUCCAUUUUAAACUUUUGGACUGAUAAAAUCCCCCUCUAUGGUUGGUUUCUUAUUUUUUGGUUUAUUUUCCUUGGAUUCCAACUUUUAGGUGUUGAAGCUUUUGGUGAGGCUGAAUAUUGGUUGGCCCUAAUUAAAUUGUUUGGUCUUGUUGCUUACUUUAUCUUUUCUAUUGUCUAUGUUUCUGGUGGAAUCAAGGGUAGACCCGCUUUUGGCUUUCAUUAUUGGCAUGACCCUGGAGCAUUAUCACACGGCUUUAAGGGAAUUGCCAAGGUGUUUGUUUUUUGUUCAACUUUUUAUGCUGGCUGUGAAUCAAUUGCAAUUGCUGCAACUGAAACUCGUAACCCUUCAAAAGCUGUUCCUACUGCUAUCAAACAAGUCUUUUGGCGUAUCAUUUUUAUUUAUAUGGGUUCUGCCAUUUUUUAUGGAAUGACUGUACCUUGGAACUCGUAUGGUUUGAUUGGUUCUGGUUCUAAAGUACUCAAAUCCCCCAUGUCAAUUGCCAUUCAGAAUGCUGGCUGGCAAGGUGGUGCUCAUCUUAUUAAUGCUUUUAUCUUGGUUACUUGUUUAUCUGCAAUCAAUUCAAGUAUUUAUAUUGGUUCUCGUACUGUUUUAUUUAUGGCUAAAGAUAAAACUGCUCCUAAAUUUUUGGCUUAUACCAAUAAACGUGGUGUACCAGUAUAUGCCAUUAUUUUUACUAACUUAUUUGGUGCUAUUUCUGUCAUGAAUGUGACUCAAGGUGCUGCAACUGCCUUUUCUUAUAUUGUCAAUCUCUCUGGUGUUGCCACUUUCCUUGUAUGGGGAUCAAUUUCCUUUGUUCAUAUUCGUUUCCGUCAGGCUUGGGCCCAUGCUGGUUAUACUCGUGAUGAUUUACCUUUCAAGUCUUUAUUUUAUCCUUGGAAUGCAUACUUUGGACUUUUUUUUAAUGCCUUUUUGGCUUUGGUUCAAGGCUGGACUACAUUGGUACCUUUUAAAGCUGGUGAUUUUGUGGAUGCUUAUAUUUUACUUCCUCUUUUCCCCAUUUUAUAUAUUGGCUAUAAAUUGGUUUUUAAGACUAGGUUUUAUCGUUUGAAUGAAAUCAAUGUGGAAGAAGGUCAACGAAGAGAUGUUGACAAUAAGUUUGAUGAUGAAAGUAUUAUUGAUGUACGUCGUGAAACUGAUGAACCUUUGACUUUUGCACAAAAGAGUAAACACGCGGUUAAGCGUGUUUGGCGUGCUUUAAAAAAAAAGAAUGAAGAGAAUAUUGAAUCUCUUUUGGUAUAUCGAAGAGUAACCAUUUUGGUAGUAGUAACAGAAGAUAUCUGUGGACUGAUUAUGGGAUUUGGAUUACCGCCUAUUGUUUAG